UUGGGAUGUCGUCACAGCAACAGAAAGCCGCGAUCAAACAACCCCUUGAAUGUUCACGUUGAGCUUUUAAGUCGAAUGAAUUUAUGUUAAUGGAAUAUAAAUGACUCAAAGAGAUUUGGAAAAAAAGUUUUUAUCUAGAAAAUUGUCUACUGCUACAGCCGAAGAUCUCAAAAAUGAAGCAUUCAGGCGUAAAAUCGUCGAGAGUAGCAUUGAAAUAAGAGAACUGGAGUCAAAAUUGAAAAUGGCAUACAUUCUGAAAGAACGAAAGAAACAGCUGGAUGAAAAAGAAUCAAUCAGAGUUAUGGAAAAGGUAAUGACCUUGCAAGAGAGGGAGGAAACAGAAAAGCAGUUAAAAUUGGACCAUGAAUUGGAAAUCAGAAAACUGCUGUAUGAAAAGUGGAAGAAGGAAAAGUAUUGCCAGGAGCUGGUGAAACAAGCAGAACAAUACAGGGCUGCUAAGCAGCUUGAGUUGAUGAAGGAACGAAAACUGGAUGACAUGUACUUGCAAGAGAUUCUCAUGGCUGAACUGAGAAGAGAACGACAGGAACGAGAAGAUAGAGAGAGGAAGAAGCGCCGUCUAGCAGAAGAAUUGGACAACUGCAUCAGACUACAGAAUCAAUGGAAAGCAAUCCAGAAAUUGAUUGAAAUGGAAGAAGAUAGAUUGAUUGAAGAAUGUCAGGUCCAGCGACGUCGGUUAAGUCACAUGCAACAACAAGAACGGAAAGAAAAAGCAGAUAAACUUGCAGCCAUCCGCCAACAGCUUCAAAAAGCCUUGGAAGUCGAGGAGCGCCGGCGCCGUGAAAGAGAAGAAUUAUGGGUCGAGUACGGAUGCGAGGAGAGAGAGGACCUGGAAACGAAAAAGGCCGCGGAAUUGGAGAAGAUGACCCAAGCCCAGCGUAUCAAGUGGAAUGAAGAUAUGACAGAACAAUUGCGCCUACUUGAGCUCAAGAAGAAAGCUAUGAAAGAAGAAGAACUCAACGAACGAUUAUGGAUGUUGGAGCAAGCCGCGCUGGAGGAACAAGCCGAACGUGAAGCUGCUGAUAAAAGGCACAAGGAUCUCACGCAAUUGCAAAAAGAACAAGCGGCAUUGCUUGAAGAGCGACGCCAACAGAGGAAACUCGAAUUCGCCGAAAAAGAGGAAGAACGUCGCAGGGAAGAGAUGCGCCAACAGGCCGAAGAUCAGGCCAUCGCCGAGGAGAGACGACGAAUCUUGGAGCAACACGCACCACUGUUGAUUGGUUUCAUGCCACCUGGCGUAUUCCGCGACAUGGCCGAAAUCAGAUCGUUGCCUGAAAAUGUUCAGGCCCAAUUUCGGCGACACGUCCGCAUUCAAGAUGACCCUGAUCUGUGGUGAUGUUGAACUUCCCUAAACUAUAUACCCUUAAAGAUUGAUCUCUUCCUCGAUUUCUUUCGUUUUUCAAUAAUUUUGGGUUUGAUUUCAAUUUAAACUUUUGUUUGAACUGGAACAGUUGCCGUGAAUGUCUCAGGCCAGUUCAUUUCUUUAAAAAUCACGCAUCAUUCUUUUUUUGAUCUCUUAAUCAGCCUCAGUCCCCUGUAAAUGGCAUUGAUAUUUCUUCAACUAAUACUUCCACUGAUAUUUCUAAAUUUCUUCAAACUGUAAGCAUCUAACAUUGCACUUCAUCCUCCCUGCCCUAUCUGAUUGUCUUUCUCAAAGUUUAAAGGGUAUUACUUCUAAUUAUUUUAGUUUGAUUCAGUGGCUUAUCAUGAGAUGUGUCGAAUGUUG